AUGUCCUCCUUCGCCGUGGUGAAAGACAUCGACCACCUCGUGCUUACCUGCACCGACGUAUCCGCCACAGUAGAAUGGUACACUAAAUACCUCGGCAUGAAAGCCGAGACCUUCACAUCCGCCACUGACCCCUCGGCCACACCUCGUACUGCUUUGAAAUUUGGCACGCACAAGAUCAACCUCCAUCAGCGCGGUGCUGAGUUUGAGCCAAAGGCGCAGACAGCCCUGCCUGGCACGGCCGAUUUGUGCUUUGUUGUUGAGGACGGGACGGAUCUGCAGGGCUUGAUUGGGAAAUUCGAGAAAGAAGGGAUAGAGGUGCUUGAGGGUGGCAAAGUGGUGAGUAGGACGGGGGCAUUGGGGAAGAUCCAGAGUAUUUACGUCCGUGAUCCAGAUGGAAACUUGAUUGAACUCUCUUACUACUCAACCUAG